GCCCAAUAAAAUAAUGUAUAGAAAAAGGAGACUGUGGUGGGAUGAUAAUGGUGAAAUUCAGCAUUUUAGGCUUUUGAGGAGAAGUUGAAGGUGGGUUUAUUUUUUUCUUUGGCGCUUUGAAAUAGCCAACAAUCCGUCGCUUUUGGAGUUUCUUUGCUUAUUAUUGGCUCGUUUUAUACAGUAAAAGCCCAAGCUUUCCUCCGGAAAACAGAUUUACAGAGAGAGAAAAUUUUGGAGAUAUCUUCAAAAUUAAAGUUGUAACAAGAAGCAGUUAUCACUUACGGAUUAUCAGUUAUCGAGGACUCAUUUACCUUUGACUGAGGGGCCAUUCGUAGACCAAGUUGUCCAGUGUUUUCUUUAUCAGAGGAUUCAAGCUUGAAAAUGGGAGUUGCUGCUCAACGCUAUCAGGGCGCAAAGUUGUUGGAUUUUUCAUUCCAAGAUCAGGAUUCAUGUUCAACUCAAUCAACGGAUCAAUCUAAUACCAGCUCUGCUAGUUUUGGAGAAAAUGACCUUCAUACUCAAAGCAUGAGUUUUGCGCAAUCAGGUUAUAACACAACUCAUGGGAAACAUGAAAGUGGCGAGUAUAAAUUCAACUUCUCAACUGGAACUCAGAACUACACCUUACCUCCUCUACAGACUGAUUAUAACCAUGUCUUUCCUCAGUUUGCAGUCACUUUUCCUGAUCAACAUUUCAAUAGUAUAGUGCCAACAUAUGCGCCUCAAGCUGUGAUGAUGGGAAUUAUGCCAACCCGAGUUCCACUUCCUCUUGAUUUUUCAGCAAGCGAGCCCAUUUAUGUCAAUGCAAAGCAGUACCAUGGUAUCUUAAGGAGGAGACAGCAUCGUGCUAAACUUGUGGCACAAAACAAACUUGCCAAAAAUCGGAAGCCAUAUCUUCAUGAAUCCCGACAUCAACACGCUCUGAAACGGACUCGAGGAUCCGGUGGCCGGUUUCUUAACAUGAAAAAGCUCCAAGAAUCAAAUCCUGCUGUUUCGGGCCACAAGGUUUCAGGCAGAAUUUCACAUCAACUGUCUGGUAGUAAGGCACCAGGAUCUGAAGUUCACUGGCAAGAAAACUACGCGAAUUCAACGUCCACGAAUUCUUGUUCAGAAGUAACUAGUACCACCUCAACCAGUGAUGAUAUUUACCAUCCACUGGAAUUUAGGUUUUCUGGCUACUCAUCUGCGUUCGGGGAAACUCUGCAAGGUGGUGCAAGAAUGGAGAACUAUAUUUGAGGCUAUUAAAAAAAAAGAAAAAAGAAAAACAGCAUCCCGGAUUCCCGGUUAGUCCUCUGGUUGAUAAACCAUCAGGAGGAGAUUUCGGUUGCUGAUCGAUCGUUAUUCCUUAAAGGGGAAGUCAUCCUUGGCUCAGUUACUUUCUGCUUUGUCUUCACUUUUAUUAAUUAAGCUGUCAUAAUUUUAAGCUCAUAGAUUAUGGAUGUAGUUCUUUCUAUUUGCUUUCUUGAUGGUGUGAAAAAUAUAAUUGGUAUUGAAGAAAGCGGAUUAUUGACGCAUAAUUGUUGUUUGUAUUAACUGAGACUCUGAUUAAAGGCUAUGCUGCCUGUUGGACAUAAUUAAAGCUUGGAAAACUUGAACUAAUUUUUAUUUUUGAUUGUGAA